AUGGCGGAAAAGAGCAAGCUUCUACACGGAACGCUUGAAAUAACUAUCUUUCGCGCCACAACGUACAAACCCUCUGUCCCUUUUCAGCUUGACGGCAAGAAGGUCGCCAAGACGACACGUGAGCAAGGGCGCAUUUGGAACCAAACUUUCCAAGUCCUCUGCGCCCACCCGCCGGACUCGAAAAUCACAAUAACCCUUAAACAAAAGCGCUCGGUUUUAGGCAGCAUCGACAUCGAGGCCCACAAGCUGCUAGGCAACUCGAGCCUGAUAAACGGGCUUUUCCCGCUAAGAAAAACAAACGGAAUGCCCAGCAAGGCACUUAAGCUUCAGUUCCUCGUGUGGUUCAAGCCCGCUGACAGUGAAACGGGCUGGGACAAGGCCCUGUCGACCGAUGGUGGGUACAAAGGGCUUAAAAAUGCGUCUUUUCCCAUGCGGUCGAAUUGUGGGGUAACUCUGUAUCAAGAUGCUCAUCACGGGCCCACGUUCAGACCACCGGAAAAUCUUUGCGGGACGGUUAGGAAACUUUGGGAGGACGUGUAUAACGCCAUUGAUGGCGCCAAGCAUUUACUAGGCGAGCUACUCAAGCGUAAAGCCGAAGAAGGCGUGGCCGUGAGAAUCCUCUUAUGGGACGACGAGACAUCGCUACCCUUCAUAAAAAACAAAGGCAUCAUGAAAACGCACGACGAGUACACCGUCUCCUACUUCAAGCACACUAAGGUCGUAUGCCGUUUAUGCCCUCGUCUACACGACAAGUUCCCCACGGCCUUCACCCACCACCAAAAGACCAUCACAACCGACUCGCGGGCCCGCGAGAUCGUGAGCUUCGUCGGCGGUCUCGAUUUAUACGACGGGCGUUACGACACGACAGAUCACUCCCUCUUCCGAACGCUGAACGACGACGAGUCCCACUACUUCGACUUCUACCAGACGAGCCUCAAAGGUGCGAGCCUCGACAAGGGUGGACCGCGCGAGCCUUGGCAUGACACGCACGCGCGCGUGACGGGCCGUGCCGCGUGGGACGUGCUUUCGAAUUUCGAGCAGAGGUGGACGAGGCAGUGCGACCCGUCGUUGCUAGUCCCGACAAAUUCCAUUCGGGAGCUAACUAUUAUAGACGGCGAGCAGAGGAGGAAUUGGAACGUGCAAGUUUUCCGGUCGAUCGACCGCGCCUCGAUUGUCGAUGCUCGAUUUCCGGUCGAGAGAAGCAUACACGAGGCGUACGUGGAGGCCAUAAGGAGAGCCGAGAGGUUCGUGUACGUCGAGAACCAGUAUUUCGUCGGGGGAUGCCACAUGUGGGAACGGAACAAGAAUUGUGGGUGUGGGAACUUGAUCCCGGUCGAGAUCGCGUUGAAAAUCGCUCGGAAAAUACGGGCCGGGGAGCGUUUCGCGGCGUACAUUGUGGUGCCAAUGUGGCCCGAGGGCCCGCCUGAGAGCGAGUCGGUUCAAGACAUUCUGCAUUGGGCUCGGGAGACUAUGAAGAUGAUGUACGGGAUUGUGGGGGAGGCGUUGACGGAGAGCGGCGGGAAAGGGCACCCGAGGGAUUAUUUGAAUUUCUUUUGCCUCGCGAAUCGGGAAAAUGAGGCGAAAGGGGAGUUCGCGCCGCCGUAUAGUCCGCAUCACGGGACGAAUUAUUGGAAUGCUCAGAGGCAUAGGAGAUUCAUGGUUUAUGUGCACUCUAAGCUCAUGAUAGUGGACGAUGCGUAUCUUCUGAUAGGAUCGGCCAACGUGAACCAGAGAUCAAUGGACGGCAAACGAGACACGGAGAUAGCCAUAGGCUGCUACCAGACAAGAAACGAGGAAAAAAACGAGACCGGAAAUGGAGACGUUCGUGCGUUUCGCAUGUCUCUAUGGUACGAACACACUGGAAUAGCCGAAGAAAUCUACAGAGAGCCUCAGAGUUUAGAGUGCGUGCGCAAGAUUCGGUCCAUAGGGGAUAAAAUGUGGAAAAUCUACAGUCAAUAUGAGGUGCAAGAUAUGGAAGGCGUGCAUUUAGUGACUUACCCGGUGAGCAUAACAGAGACGGGUUGUGUCGAGGAUUUAGUCGAGGGAGAUGGCUGUUUUCCGGACACGAAAACGCCGACCGUUGGUGGUGAUGAUGUUGGUAGCUCAUUAAGAGGAUCUCCUUCUUCGCUAAGGCUCAAUAAUAAGAUUCAAGCUAUUUCAGAAAAUCUCAAUUCCAAUGUAGACUUGUUGUACGAAGGUCUACAAAAAGUGACAGAUGAAAUGGAGGUCAUUAAGAAUGAGGUUAUAGAGAUUCAAAUACAGAACUUGGGAAUCAGAAAGUUUUCAUCACCUGCCACUGAUGCUUCAUUUAGAGGAUCUCCUUCUUCAAUGGGGCAGACUGACAAUUCCAUGGUAGGAUGUGAUGAUGUCAUGACUGAUGUCAUGGAUAAGUUGAUAAGCGGACACUCCAGCCGGAUCAUCCCCAUUGUAGGCAUGGGUGGCAUUGGUAAGACCACUCUCCCUAAAAACAUAUAUGAGAAUCAAGUAAUUGUGGAAUACUUUGAUUUACGUUGUUGGGCCACGAUUUCUCAAGACUAUGAUUCGAAAGAAAUUCUCUUUGAAAUCCUCUCUAAAACUGACGACAGUAGGGAAAACUUGAUAAUAGGAGAGAAGUUGCACAAAACUUUAUAUGGCAGAAGGUAUUUGGUGGUGAUGGAUGACAUGUGGAACAUCGAGGCAUGGAACAAGGUGAGAUUCUACUUUCCGAACAAUGGUGAAGGGAGCAGAAUAAUGAUAACCACUAGGCUGACAGACCUGGCUUUUGAGUUAACUGGCUCGUGCGGCCUGCAGAAGAUGAGUUUUCUAGAUAAUGACUGCCGUUGGAACCUAUUCUGCAAAACUGUGUUUGGGGAACCCUGCCCUUCCAAACUGGAGAAAGCAGGACAGAGAAUCACGAAAUCCGGCAAAGGGCUUCCCUUAUCAAUCAAAGUGAUUGGAGGUCUGCCGUCAAAGCACAAAGAAUCACGCGAAUAUUGGGAGUACGUCAUGGGAAACUUCAAUGCAGUCUUGAAUACGGAAGAUGAUGAGCGCUGUUUAAAAAUACUAAGCCUGAGUUAUAUGAAGUUGCCCAUACACCUAAAGCCUUGUUUCCUAUACAUGGCAGCUUUUCGGGAAGAUGGUGUGAUUCCUAAAUCAAAGCUCAUCAAACUAAACCUGAUCCUAGCUCACAAAUUGGGGCUCACAGGGAAUAUAAAAUCUUUCAAAAUCCAUGAUCUCCUGAGGGAGCUGUGCAUAAAAGAAGCUCAGAAAAACAAGUUUAUGUGCAUACGAAGGCUAGUGGACGACGCGUAUCUUAUGAUAGGAUCAGCCAACAUGAACCAGACAAGAAACGAGGAAAACGAGACUGGAAAUGGAGACAUUCGUGCGUUUCGCACGUCACUGUGUGGUAUAAGUUUGGAGAUUGUGGCAGAAGAAUACUUACAGGACCUUGUGGACAGAAACCUUGUAUUAGUUCAUAAGUUGGGUUCCACUGGGAAUAUAAAAUGUUGCAAACUCCACUUGAAAGAAUCUCAGAAAGAUAAGUUUCUCUGUAUACAGCGGCCACACGAUCCCAAAAUCCAACGGCGCAUAGAUUUUCACACAUUCGCUCUGAAAGUUGACUUUUUAUGGGGCGUUGAGUCGAGUUGGGAAGAGAUGGAGACAAAGGUUGGAUCUUUGCCGCAACUUCAAGUGCUUAAACAGCGGCUUUGCCAGUUUGGAGAACAACCGGUGGUCAAUUCCAGCAGCUCAAGUGCUUGA